AAAGUAUUUGUUUUUUAAACAUAAUCAAUAAUUAAUCUUAUCUAAUAUUAUUUCAGCUUUUUGAAAAACAAAAAAUACAUUAUUAUUUUAUUAGUUCAAAAUGAUGCUCCUGUUGCAAGUGAUUUUGUUUUUUGCUAGCCUGUUCUGUUCUUUUAUCAGAGCUAGCCCUAUUCCAGAUAAUCUUACAGUAACCAUAUCAGAUGGAACUAUUCGGGGUACAACUUAUACCACUGGCAAUGGCAAGACCUAUUAUGGAUUUCAAGGGAUCCCAUUCGCUAUUCCACCCCUUGGAGAGUUAAGACUAGAACCUGCUCAACCAGUGAAACCGUGGGAUGGUAUCUUAGAUACCACACAAGAGUCUAAAGGCUGUAUCACCGAUGGUUACUUGUCCCAUCCUGAUGUUGAAAGUGAAGAUUGUUUGUACCUUAAUGUUUUUGUACCCAAUGUCGAGUCCACUGAAACUUUACCAGUUAUGGUUUGGAUUUAUGGUGGAGCGUUCGUCAGUGGCAGUGCCAGUAAAUAUUAUUACGGACCCGAUUUUUUGAUUGAAAAAGACGUCAUAGUAGUCACUCUUAAUUAUCGAUUAAAUGUGUUUGGUUUUAUAUCUACAGAAGACUCGAAUCUGCCAGGAAAUUUGGGACUUAAAGAUCAAAACUUAGCUUUGAAGUGGGUACAGAAAAAUAUUGGCUAUUUCGGUGGUGAUGCUGAAAAAGUAACCUUGUUUGGUCAAAGUGCUGGUGGCACCUCUGUUGGGUUACAUUUGAUUAGUAAACAAUCUAAAGGGUUAUUUCGGGCAGCAAUAUUAGAAAGUGGAUCAGCCCUAGUUACUUGGUCAGUAGACUGGGUGGCUAAACAGUUGGCAUUUAAAAUCGGCAACAAUAUUCCUAAUGCUGAUUUUGGGGACGACUCAAAAGCUCUUAAAGAUUUUUUAAAGAAUAGAACUGUUGAAGAAAUUAUGACUGCUUAUACCGAAGCAGUUUCAGGAAUAGAUCACAUUUAUCCAACCAUAGAGCUGGAAAGUGAAGACGCUUUUGUAUCCGAAUCUCACUAUGAAUUAGUUGUCAGCGGUGAUUUUAAUCAAGUGCCCAUUUUGGUUGGUGUGUGCUCGGAGGAAUCCUUGAUGGGACUUAAAAAUCUUAAUAAUGCCCGAAAAAUCGGUCAAGGCUUCGAUAAUAUUCCAGAAACUACAAUUCCUAAUGAUCUCCGGCCAAAUUCCAGUGAUACUACUAUAGUGGCUCAGGAAAUCAAAAACAUUUAUUUUCAAGAAAAUGAGUUAUAUGCUGAAAAUCUAGUCGGCUUGGCCGAGUAUUAUAGUGAUAAUAGAUACACAAGAGGGGUUAUUAAGCAAGCAGAGCUAUCAUCGAAAUUUGUACCAGUAUACUUCUAUGAAUUUGCUUACUACGGUAGACCCAUUACUAAGGCUUUUAUACCAGGCGCAGAAAGGGCUGGCCAUGCUGCUGAGCUUCCAUUUCUAUUCAAUAGAACCGGAAGUUCUAGUGAUAUUGAUGAAGACCUAUUGACUCAAAAUCGCAUUGUUACUUUAUGGACUAAUUUUGCAAAAUAUUUAAACCCCACUCCUAUUAAGGACGAAUUAUUUCAAAACCUGACGUGGCCAACAGCAACUCCUGAAAAUCUACAAUAUUUAAGCAUUAACAAUACUUUGGAGAUCAGAUCACACUUCAAAAAGGAAUCUUACGCAAAAUGGAAUCAGAUAUAUGAAAAAUACGGUGCUAAACCAUAUAUUACUUUCUAGUACCUCCAAUCAUGAUUUAACCACAAUAAGUUUAGUUUUGCAACCAUAUCAAUUGGCCUCUUUGAAUAUACUUUAUAAAUAUGCAUCAGAAAUAUAUGUACGUCUUUCUUUAAGUAAA